AUGGAAGGACGAAAAUGUGAACCACCGUACCAAUGCAUUCACUCACAAUGUGGCCUCAGUUUUUGUUGUGCGAAGCAGGGAAUGAUUUUUUUUCAAAUAAUUUGA